CAGCAGCUGUUGUCGACGAGAAUAACAAACGAAACAGCGUACAGCGGCUGGUGACCGGCACGUCGCGGUUUUGGUGGGUAGUGGGUACAGUGGACGGCGCACGCCACCACCUCCAAUCGGCAUGACGGCGUCCAAUCGACCCGCGGACGAACGUGCCUAACGUCGACGAAUCGGCGCGUGUUUUGCGUGGUAUUUCGCCGUUGUUGUUUGUAUACAUUUCCGAGCGUGUUGAUCGUAAUUCGUUAAUCGCAUAUUAGGUGAUAAUAAUUCGAUAAUCUUUAUAAUAAUAUCGUUUAUCCUGUUAUCGUCUCCGUUUCACACGUUUGAGAUUGUUUUCGAUUUCGACGGCGUUGACCACAGGGCAUCGCAGUAUCGUACCGCGGACGACUGACGAGUGACGGGCGGCGACGACACGCAUCAUCGGAUCACGAUUUUGAUAAACUGAUAACGGCACGGUACACCGUUGAUAACGAAAAGUUAUAUUAUUAUUUUCUCGUUGAUAGCCACUACUCAAGUCUGGUCUACUCUCGAUUUCUAUUGCGCAAAGUCGAUACUGCUGAUACACUCAACAUGAAAAUUUAACGUCGAACCCCGGGCCGCGACCAUUUUGCGAGGAUAUUGUUUGUUUUUAGUUUUCUCCUCUUUGUCAUAAGUCGUGAACUGACUUUUGUCCUCGACGACUUUUAAAAAGUUGUGAUUACCCAAAGCACACUUAGCGGUGGUUCGUCUGUCCUAAAGUGCAUAACGCUUGAUUUCAUGUACGUUGAUCGUAUGCAUUAACAGCCUCGUCGUCUUCGUCGUCUUCGCCGUCAUGAGUACGACAUAUUACGAUCCGGAUGGUUUACAGAGCGUCAAACGCAGACGUACUUCUAACUUCCGUGACACGUAUUUGCGUAAUCGCGAGUAUGGCUUCCGACCUAAGUAUGGCGAUCAAAGUCGUUUACAUUGCGAGAUGUAUACAUCCAUUUAUCCUAUCGCUAAAUGGGAAUACGACGUUUCAAACAAUGACAUCACCAAUCCGGCUGGUAUAUUCAAUUUGGAAUUCUCCCCAGAUGGGAAAAUAUUGGCAGCAGCAUGCGAAAAGAAGAGCAUUAUGUUAUUUGAUCCUGUUACUCAAAAGUAUAUAACAUCAAUAAAAAAAGCCCAUAAUGAUUGUGUUAAUUGUAUUAAGUUUUUAGAUUCUCGUAUGUUUGCAACUUGUAGUGAUGACACAACAAUAGCAUUAUGGGAUGUUCGAAAUCUUAAAGACAAUAUAAGGGUAUUGAGAGGGCAUUGCAAUUGGGUAAAAAGUAUUGAAUAUUCAGCAAAAGACAAUUUACUUGUUUCCAGUGGAUUUGAUGGGCAAAUUUAUACAUGGGAUAUUAAUAGUUACUCAGAAGAAGGGAGAAUUCCCAAUAACUCUGUAUGUCACAUUAAUGGACUUAUGCGUAUUAAACUUCUUCCUGAUUCUAGCAAAUUAAUUGUUUGCACGACAAGUGGCUUCAUAUUACUUAUAAACAAUUUAGACUUGGAGACACUUGGUACAGAUAUUCAAGGAUUCAAACCAAAUAUGUAUCGUUUGAUGCAACUGAGUAAAACUACCAUUCCUAAUGCAGCUGCACACACACACAUGUUUACUCGUAAACGAAACCGUGUUGAAUUCAUUGUAGAUUUUCCUAGAAAUGAUGAUGCUGAAAUAAUAUCUUCUAUCCAGGUACAUCCACAAGGUUGGAAUGUAUUAAGUCGAAAUGUUACCACUGAUGAACAGUCUGAAUGGACUUGUGUACAUGAUAUACAAGAUUUUGCUGUUCCUAAACAACAACAAAAUGAACCUGAAGAACUGAGUUCUGAAGAAGCAAACUCAUUGGAACAUUCUUUAGCUGAUGACCCAAUGGAAGGAAGACUACAUCGACGCACUCAUGUUGUGAUUCCUCGAGACAUAAAUGUUGGCAUAAGUAGUAUGAUACCAUUUUCUGUGUUAGGACCAACUAGAGGUAACCGACAAGCUGACUUAUGGGAAGCAAUGAUGAAUGUCAAUAGUGGUAAUCGCAUAAGAAGUUUAAGAUAUUUAUCAGAAGGACGAGAGCGAAUAUUAGGAACAUAUUCUGGUGUACGGAUCGUACGUAGUGCAACUGGAUUACAAGAUCAAGACCAAGACGAUAUGGAGGAAAUGAUAGCAGAUGAUGAUACCGCUUCAGAGCGAUUAGUCACAGUAUUAUUUAACCGGAAUGGUAAUCGUGUGCCUGAUAUCAGAAUGCGUGGUUAUCUAUCCCCAAAUUCUAGAAUUGAUAUCACUCGACCAAGUAGACGUAGUACGGUAGAAGUAGGAACUGGUACAGAUGCAGUGGUGUUUAUUGGCAAUAGGCAACGUCGUAACAACUAUGUUCUGAAUUGUAUGAAUAGAUUUCAAGUACCCCUUAAUCAUAAAAUACACAAAAAUUUUAAUCGUCUUACACAUUUUAUUGAAGAGGCAAAUGUGGGUAGAGGGUACAUCAAAGAACUUUGUUAUUCUAGCGAUGGACGUAUAAUAUGUUCACCCUUCAGUCAUGGAGUAAGACUAUUAUCGUUUUCGCCCAACUGUGAUGAAUUAUCUACUUUGCUUCCAAAACUGCCAGGUGUAAAACUUCAUGAGAUUGGUACAAACGUUUCUCAUUCUAACAUUGUACUCUGUACCAAAUUCUCACCGGUCCAUCCUUUGCUCGUAUCUGGUUGUUUAGCUGGUCGAAUCGUUUGGUACCAACCGAGACUAUAAUUAAUACUUAAUGACUAUAAUAUUGUAUGUAUAUUAUGUUUUUUAUUUAUAAUAAUCUACUAUUCAAGUUUUGAAUAAUACAUUUUUUGUUUGUUUUCACACUGAAACUUAAUGCCACUGUAUGUAUAGAACAUACAAAGACAACAUAUCUUCUCAUGUAUAAAUAUUUUACUUGUAUCGAAUAUGUCAACGGUUAUAAUCAUGAACAAUAUUUAAGGUCUAGUUUACACCAAAUAAGUAGUUUUUUUUCGUAUGGAUGUAAUGAAAUAUAUAAAAAGUUAGUCACUUGUACGCAAAAUAUGUAUGCUCAAUAAGUAAGAGACUGUGUAAAUAUCAUUUACUCUUGUCUUUCUUUUUUCUUUUACUUUUAAAAAAAAGAUUAAAUGACCGCAAUAGUUUAAUUUUUUUACCUAGACAAUUUCUAACUGUUGUACAUUUUGCAACACAAUCUUUUUUUAUACUACUAGACCUUAAGAGCAAUGCAGUGGCUUAUUUGUAUACAAUAAUAAUCUCAGUUUUCAUAAAAUUCUACAACUUGAUACAAGCAUUAGUAAACAUUUUACUGAGUGGAUCAUGUAUCUACCAGACUAAUUGAUAUUAAAAAAAUUCUAAAAUA